AUGUCCUUGAAUAUAGAGCUUGGGACCAGUAGAGCAUCCUCCAGCGGCCAUAUCGACAAUGAACCCGGACAGUUCCUCUGCAAGAUCUGCUCCAAGGCGUUCAUAAAACGAACCUCAAGAAAUCGACACGUACUGUACUGUAGGAAGAAAGGGGUACACAAUCUCCCGGUCUUGAGAAAAUCAUGUGCAGCUUGUCGGAAAGCCAAGGCAAAAUGCAACUCGGAAUUCCGAACUUGUAGUCGAUGCGAUGAUAGAGGGCUUACUUGUGUUUAUGAAUUGACUGGCAGAAGUGCGUCCGCAACCCGACAGCCUGCAUUUGCUCUGCCUGAUGAACCAAACUCGGUUGGCACAUUGCUUGUUGAUAUUCCAGAACCAGGCAAUCAAAGUAAUGUUUCUUGGAACUCCCAUGGAGAUAACGGCAAUGACGCUCAGAUCAGCUUUGAUAUGGAGUCUCCAAGUCUUUGGCUUGCUCCUGUGCCCAACCUGACGCCUCAGAACGACCUCGCUCUCUGGGAACCGGAUGCUGGAUUUGUGGAAAACUUGGAAGACUUAGAAGUUCCUGACUUGGGUGUCAAUGCUUCGUCCAAUGGCUAUUCAACUAAUCAAUCCCCCAACAACUGGCUUAUCUCUAGUCCACCAAGCUUAACCCUCGACCCAACAUUCUCAACUCCCGCAGACUGCAUGUUCCAUACCCCCUACCUAGUCCUUCGACCCAUGGACCCUGAGCUACCCCUCACUCCGUCCAGAAGUCCAUUCAUUCACACAUAUCUCCCCACAGGCUCACAUAUCGGCCGCACCUUUCUUCUGCAGAACUUCAAAUCGUAUGCCACAGCCCUUGCAACGAAAAGUCUUCCUCCCUUCAUCCAUGGCACAUCGCUGCCAUCCCCAGACCCGAAUUCAUGUCAAACUCUGACUUGCGCAACUCCGCCUCUCCAACCGACACUGGAGAUUUGUAAAUCGAUCGUAUCACUCUACAUCAACAAAACACCUGGAACAAGUUCUUUCAUCUGGCGCAAUGUAGCCAUGGAAAAGGACCGCUUCAUGGACGAAUACGCGAGCGGAGAUGAGUGGACUGUGCUUUCCAUGCUUCAAGCAAUCACGGUAUAUAUCCUCCUCAGAAUCUUUGACGAGGGCACAUUCUCCGCUGAAUUCGACCUCGAGCUUACUAAAGCGAUGAUGGAAAUUGCAAUCCGAGCUGAUCAAUACCGAUUGGUCUGCACCGCCGAAGUCGAAGGCCGGCGUCCAGAAUGGCAAGAGUGGGUGUUGGUAGAGUCCAAACGCAGAACCGCAACGGUCCUCUUCAUAGUACACCUUUUGUUCGACAUCAAACCUGGACAACGGGCCAAAUCCCGUGUCGGGCUCUCCGUUCUGCCGCUUCCUGCUCACAAACAGCUUUGGGACGCGGCGACGGAGGGUGAGUGGAUAGAAAGGUAUGACGAGAUGCUGAGGGCGAGAGAUGGGAGGUCUUAUUUGAGGUAUGCCGAUUUGUUGGCGCUUAGGAGCGGGCAGGGAGGUGAUGCAGGUAAGAUGAAUGACCUGAAUUCCUGGAUGACGAGCGGCGAUGCGUUUGGGAUGUUAGUUUUGAUGGCUGCGAAUUCUCUCUAA